AAGUUCGCCGUCCCGACCGCCUUGCGCCCGGGCACCGUGGCGCGCUGGGCCUCUCGCUCCCUGCGCCCCUGCAGGCUGGACGUGGCCAUCUCCCCAGGGACUCUUCCAGCCCCUCUCCCAGCCCCUGCGCGCGACGACUGCGGCUCCAAGCGCACGAGGGAAGCGGCGAGAUGUGCAGGGCGCGCGUUCUGCUCCUGCUCCUUGGCAGCGCGGGGCUCUGGGCGCCGGCGGCGGGAGCCCUCACGUCCCUGCCGGAAGAUGAGGUUGUGACUCCGGGUGUGGACGGUGGCACGGGACUCACAGGGGCAGAAGAUAAUGUGGUGACCACAGGCGCCAGGGAAGAUCACUCAGAGCCUAACGGCGUCACAGCUCUGGUGCCAACAAAUGCAGAGAGUGUAACAAGGGAUCGCUUCGAGGAUCACUCAACCCCGCACAGCACAGUCCCUGCCCAUGAAGAGAGCCAGAAACCAACUACCCCAAAUGCAGCUACGAGUCGGUCCGUGGAGAAAGCGGGUGAAGAGACAGAGACAACCAUUGAGAAAGGUGGUUUGGCGACGGUCACGCUGGUUGGAAUCAUAGUUGGGGUCUUACUAGCCAUCGGCUUCGUGGGUGGGAUCGUCGUCGUCAUUGUGCGGAAAAUGUCGGGAAGGUACUCGCCCUGAAGGGCUGAAAGGCCGUGCCCUCCUGACAACCUGCUGAAAACAGAGUUCCUGACACCCCCAUCCCCGAGCUCGCGGGAGAAGAUGAGCCGGAAAAUGACCGAAGAAAGGAAAAGUCGCACACGACUCGGCUCCUCUAAGCAUUUGCCUUUUGAAAUUCUUUUUAAACAUAAUUUAAAAAAAAAUAGUUGAUAGAAAAAACAAAAUGCAUAGGAAACGGAGCAAAACUAUGUGAACUACUGAGUGCGAAGACCAGGUCCCCCAGUCCAUGUUAGAGGCUGUAAUCAUGUCUGCACUCUGUUAUUGUGAAAUGCAGAGGCAUCUUCCCAUGUUUAUAUCAGGGGAGAGGGGAGAGCUCGGGGCCGGUGCUGCUGAACUGGCGAAGUGGGCUCGCUCCAGGCUGCCUGGGUCUGGUUUUGAUUUUUUUUUUUUUUUAAAGCCUGAUUGAGUGUGUGAAUAAUCAAGUAGGAAAUUUAAACUUGGAUGCUGUGUGAUGAGCAUCAUUUCAGAGGCAUCCAUUUCAUAUCAUAAACAGGAAGUCCGUACUUUGGGGAGAAGGCGCUUGGUUUCUCAGAGCAAGGCCACCAGGCAGCCUCCAGCCAGCGUUGACUGGAUCAGAUGAGCUCCUGCUGUGCUCCGGCUUCCCUCGGGCAGUGGGGAACGGAGUUAGUUAAGGGAGCAGCCUCCUCUCUUGCCAUGGUGCUCGUCCUGCGGUUGGGCUGUCUGGCUCUGGAAUGUGGAGACCUCGGCCCCAUGGUGUCGGAGGCUCCCGUGUCCCAGAAACCAAGAGUCGUGUUGGCCGCCAAGCAAAAAGAGAUCCUGUGUGUGCCUCUGGCGUGGAAAUAGAAGCCGCUGGCUUAAUGUUAGCAUUUUCUGUCUGCCCCCAGGGAAAGAGAAGGAGAGAAAGACAUAAUCUUAUGCCAUAGGAAGGUACUUCAAAAAGGUUUUAGAAAAAUGGAAUUAAAAGAUAAGUGUAGUGCAAAAAAAGAAAAAUUGAGAUUCAUGCGUAGUAUUUGGAUAAUACACGUUUUCCAGGAAAUGCAUGAAGACCUUGCCUGUCAAUUUAAAUAAAAAAACAGAUUUAAAAAUAAAAGAUAGUCCUAGUCUUUAGGACACGCCAUGUUUCUGUGGGGUCCUUCUGAGCCGGUGGGGGUGCCGCGGGCACUUCCCUUCCUUUCCCUCCAUGAACUGAGGCCGCCUUCCUGCACCGGACAGGUGCUCGUCCUCCUCCGUUAGCCUCUAAGCUUGGAAGAGUUCACGAGACAGAAACAGUAAACGCUCGGGCGCAAGCACGAACCGUCCCUCCCGGCUGUUGCGUCAAGUGUGGGUGUAAUUCUAAACAGGGCUUCCCUGCGGUCCCCCCGUCCAGCCGGCCCAGCAGCCCAGGUUCCACCCCUGGACGUCAGCCGAUAGAGAGAAGGCGCCCUGGAAGAGCUCCACAUUUCCAUCCCUUGCCGUCUGCUCAUUCAGAUUCCUGAGCAGGAGUUAGGAAUGCUGCCCAUGUCUCCCUCCCUAUCCUCCCCUGCCCCCGCCCCGCGGUGGACAAUAGCAGCCCGCCCUGAGUCACACACUGGACUCGGUGCCUGCUGGGACAGGACUCUGGGUUUCUUGGUCACAUCUGUGUUGGUAUGCAAUGCAGUGUAGACGUGUUUUCAAAUAAAACAGAUGA